GCGUGUGUAAACGAAUGUAAUCUGUGUAAGGUAACGAGGACGGUAUCCCCAUUAAAAAUGCCGUUUGCAUCUUUACGUGCCAUGCGUGUGCUCCACACCCCGACUCCAAACAGAGGAGGACUGAGGGAUGCUGCUGCGCGCCUGACUACUGCCACCAAAGCAACAGUCAGACUAAUCUGGAACGUCGACAGCGGGCAUAUUAUUUCUAAAGCUAACAGUCCGUCCUGUGUCGUCGGCCUCAUGGAUCCUGGUGGAAGCGAGCUGGACUCCAGUCUGCCUCAACCUGAGAACCCGUGCCUGAUCGUGGAGGACUCCCAGCCGGACAGUGUGGCUCUGGAGGACGAUCCUGAAAGCAGUUACCGAGCUCUGCUGGCUCGCCGCCUGUCCAGCCUGCAGCCGACCUCCCGCAGCCCGGUGCUCGAACUGAUCUCACCACUAGGAGCCCGAUGUUCUCAGACUGAUAGCCAGUCAGAGGGUUUGCACAUCAACAGCCAGGCUGGACCUGGCAUUUCUGUGGCAGUAGACCCAAGUUCAGCAUUCCAGGAGGAGAGUCAAGUUAUAAACAUCUGCCCUCCCCCAAAUAACAAACGGUCUGAAUCAGAGGAUACUGAUAUGGAUUCUAGAGCUGAUUCAACCACACACUGUAUUCAGACUGAGGAGGGGUCCUCCCAGUUUGGGUUUCUUGAGCUUUCGCAGAGUCAGGAUCUGCAUCGUGGGCAAGUAAACAGUCAAGAAGAAGAGAAGGCUGUUGUGCCUCAGCCAGACAGUGAGAGCCAUCCCAAAUUAGCACUCAUAGAGAGGAACAUCAAUGGUGCAUCUUCAGGAAACCAGGACAACAAAGUAGUGAGGUCUGAAGUAAGCUCCAGCAGCUCGUCUGAACCUCUAGGUCAAACUGGCAGGCAGGUGAACGUCCAAGCUUUGCUGCACUCUCAGGUCCUCCAGACCUCUGCUGAGACCGUCCAGCAGGACUCUGAGAUACUGUCAUCACAGGAGGACCUGUUUGAUGCAGAUAAGUCAGGUGCUGCUGUUGACAGCACGGUAUCUGAGGCGGAGCAGCAGGGUCUGCCCACCUCGACACCAGCUCACACCCUGCAGCUCCUGCAUCUGUCUGGACAGGACACCCUGGCACAGGAAAGUCUCUCCCAGAGCUCUGUAGAUUAUGUUGCACCCACCCCAGACAACUUCACUCACACUCCUCUAAUUGUUCCCUGCUCACCGACAGGACCAGAGAAUGAAAACGUUGGUGAUGACCCGAUGGAUACUUCACUGCCUCCAGAGGACCAGUGUGUGGAAAAGAAAGAGGAGCCGAUGGAAACUGAUGCCGUCUUUAAACCACACCCAUGUGCUUCCACUCCCAUUUCCCAGAAUUCAGCUGGCUUUGUGAUAGAGUGUACAGUGUCUCAGCCGUCCCUACCAGAGUUCUCCCAUGAUGUGUUUGUUCCAACCCAGAGCCAGGAUACGCCACAACAGGUUGUUGAGAAGACUGCGUCAGUGCCUCAUGAGACUCAGCCUCCCACUUUGGAGCCAGCUCCUUUUACAUUGCCUUUGCAGCUGUCUGAGAACACAGAGAGCAGUGACCAUGCUCAGCUGACCUCAGACCAGCUUGAUGAGGACAGUCAGGCCACACAGAUAGAAGAAGUUGAAGAAAAGCUGGGUGUCGACACCAGCAACCUUAUGAUGUCCCACCCGGAUCACAACGGCCGCAGCAACAGCUUCCCCUCUGAAUCAGAAACCACUGGCAGUCCUAAAGUCCCAGUGACUGACAAGUUGGAGGACUCUAAUCUGUCCCUAAAUUCCGAAGUGCACAAAAAGACAGAAACCGUUUUUAGUCUACAAAAUGUGAAUGUUAAAGAAAGUGCCAACACGUUGGGUAGCUCUGCUGGACCUGCGACCUGCUCUCAGGAGAAGCUCGACUCCACUGAUGUGAGUGUGAACAGCUGUGUGUGCGUGCAGGAGACUUCAUCAGACACGACACCUGGGAGUUUGGCCUCACAGACCUUAACUGUGGAUGUCAGACGAGGAGGGACUGCACAUAUUCAGUCUGAGGAGUCACUGCCGCAGGAAGGGUCGAUGGUUGGUAAUGGUCAGAAUGAUGAAGAUGUGAUCAAUAAGCAUGUGCAGGUUGACGCAGAAGAGGAGGAGGAAGAAGGAGACGUGUUGAUGGAGGAGGACACCACAGUGGAAGACGGCGCCUCAGGAGUAGCUCUUAUUCUCUCCCAAAGCCAGCUGCUUUCACCUGAGCACAUGGAGGAAGAGAACAAACAGGAGGGUGAAGAUAGCGGAAGCGUCAUCAUUCUCACAGAGAGUGCAAGAGCCUCUGAGGUUCUUCAGGUAGAUGCAGUUCCUCAGUCGAAGACCAACAGUUCUGAGCCAGUCAGACCCGCAGACUCUGCUUCCACAAAUGGCCAUGAGGCCCAAAUUGAGCCUAAAGAGGUUCACGCAACUCCUGGUGGACCCUCCCAGACUGACAAAGGGAGGCUUGAACCAGAGGGCCUCAAGGACAAGAGUCUUAGUGACAGCUCGGGAGACAUCCCCUUUCACUUCACACUUCCUAAAGACGGGGAGCUGAUUGGACCGGUAGUCAGUGCCACGCCUCCUCUGAUCAACCAGGUCAAGCAGACGCCAAGACACAGCACUCCUAUUGAGAUUGCUUCCUUUUCUGAAAAGCCAGACAUGUUGGCUGAUGUGUCUGCAGAUGUGCCAGCAGCAGCCGUUGACAUUGUGUCAAGGAAGAGCGGUGACGACGUGGCAGAAAAGAGAGAUGAGAAGCUGAGCCUGCGGAUGAAGCUGGUGACUCCUGUGGAAGAGGGAAGCUUGGAGCGUUUCAGCCUGCAGAAGCCAUCAUUAUCAGAUGAGGAUGGAUCUGUUGUCAAGGUUACCACUGUUUCCAAGGCUCCAUCCAGCCCGUCCGUCUUCAGUCGUGUCAGACAGGUGCACAGACAGCAGGAGGAGGAAGACACGCACUUGCCUGAAGACAGCACAGCACCUGCCAGGGAUGAACUGUUUCUGUCUCCACAAAGGAGCUCCCAGACGUCUUCACUGGGAUGCAAGAGCUUCCCAAACAGCCAAUCAGAGCCUUUACAACAGAAAGAAGCUGAGAGUUUACCCACACCUGCUGCUCAGUCUGAUGCUCCCAUUUCGGAAGAGAUUCCAGAGGCACCUGAAGGUCGUGAGCCACCCACCAUAAAAGUGACCGACGCCACGCAGAAGGUGGCUUCUCAGGAGACCUCUGACAAAACCAUCACCAGUCUGUCCAACCAGCACCCACAAAGGAACAUCUCCCAGCAGACCAGCUUAGAUGGACCACUUCUGCAUUCUCUGGCCGGGAUGGGCGAACCAGAGACUCCUUCAUCCAGAAGAGCCGCUGGCCCCGCCCAUCAUAGGCAUGUGCGCACCAUCCAUGAAGUGCGGACCACGAUCACACGGAUCAUUACAGACGUGUACUAUGAAGACGGCAAAGAGGUGGACCGCAAAGUCACUGAGGAGACCGAGGAGCCAGUGGUGGAAUGUCAGGUGUUAGACAACGACAUCUCUCCGUGCCGCACAGGAAGCAGCUCCAUGACCUCUGGCGACCUGGGCGACAUUAGCUCUCUGUCAUCAAAAGCCUCCAGCCUGCAGCACAGCUCUGGAGGAACCAGCAGCAGCACCGCCACUGUUAGGCCAAGCUUCCUCAUACCCCCCAGCCGAGGGUCCAAAUCGAGCAGUCCCAGAAGGGGAGGCGCGCAGCAACAGAGGGGUCACAGGGGGCAAAAGGCAGGGUCAGUGGUCACAAAGGACAGAAGCUAUGGCACCUUGGGUUCCAGGACUCUGGUUCCACUGAGUCCCAGAGGAAGAGCUAGAAGGGGCCGACCCCCGUCCCGCUCCUCUCCGUACAGGCCGACCUUUUCUGGUCACGGGGGAGGUGGUAGUGGUUCACUGCAGAGGGUCAUUAUCCAUGACCAGCCACAGUCCUCCUCAGAGGAUGAACCCUACAGCUGCAUGCAUCCUUCACCCAUCCCAGGCAGCCCCACAGAUCCUGAGCUCCCCUGUCACAGUGACUCUCUGAGGUCAUCACUAGAGGAGGAGAUCUCACCUGGAAGCAGUUUCAUUGGUCUGCGAGUGGUGGCCAAGUGGUCCUCCAAUGGCUACUUCUACUCAGGCCGCAUUAUGAAGGAUGCCGGUGAAGGAAGAUUUCGCCUACGAUUUGAUGAUGGCUAUGAGUGUGAGGUAGCAGGGAAGGAUAUCCUGCUGUGUGAUCCCAUUCCCCUCGAAACGGAGGUCACUGCUCUACUGGAGGAUGAAUAUUUCAGCAUCGGUGUUGUGAAGGGCCAUAAAACGGAGGGCCAGGAGCUGUUCUACAACAUUGAGAGGGACGGCCAGCGGCAGUGGUACAACAGGACCUCGGUCAUCUUGUCUCUGGAGCAGGGAAACAGGCUGAGAGAGCAGCACAGCCUUGGCCCCUAUGAACCCUCCACACCGCUGGCCAAGGCCUCCGACAUUAGCCUGGAUAACUUGGUAGAGGGGAAGCGGCGGCGCAGAGUAGCCUCCAGCGGUCCAAACACUCCCACUCGCAGCUCGUCCAGCAGCCCACGAACCCCGGGACCCUCUGGCAAGAGGAAGCUGGUGACCUUGGAGGACGAAAGGACACCGUCCAAGAGAGGACGCCGGGGGCUUGGUGCCAGAGUCGCUCAGCGGGCUGGGGUCUGUAACACAUCUGGAAGCGGUGCAGACAUCCCGGGUCCAUCAUGUGAUUUGCUGACAUCACGGCCCGCUGAGCAGAACACGUCCCUCUUCAUGGGCUUUGCCUUCAUGCUGACGGCGUCGUCUGAGAUUGACCGUCUGACCAACAUACUCGCUGAGAACGAGGAGUAUGAUUAUGUGCAGACUGGUCCAUAUAACAAAGGCUACACAGAGUCCCAGCUGCAGGCGGGUGGAGGCUUCAUCCUGCCAGACUUCAAUGAAGAGCAGUGUAAGGCGGCCUAUCAGAGCCUGCUGAUAGCAGACCAGCACUGCCGAACCAGGAAAUAUUUGCUGUGUUUGGCCAGUGGCGUGCCAUGUGUGUCUCACUUCUGGGUGCGAGACUGCUGCAAAGAGAACAAACUGCUCAACUACAGGAACUACCUGCUGCCUGCCGGUGUGGGUCCAGAUGACACAGUCAUAGAAUGGCAUCCACGCUGCAGCCCAUUUAAGUCACUGCGAGUCCUCCUUGUGUUCGAAGAGCCAGUGGAGCUCUGGGCACAGCUCUUCACCAUGGGUGGAGCCUCUUCUGUCCGACACUUCCAGGCCGACAAAGACAGCAGUGACAUUCCUGCUGGCAAGUACGACAUUGUGGUAACUGACCGCGCCUGCCCACCAUUGGUUAAGGACAGUGUGACCUCACAGGACAUGCCGCUGGUGUCUCCUGAAUGGCUCAUCCAGAGCGUGAUCUGUGGGGAGCGUUUGGGUUUCCACAGCAAGCCGCAGUAUCACCAUGACUACUCCUCAUAAUCCGACUCAUCAUUAGUGUUCAGCAUUUCUUCUGUUGCAUGCCUCCGCUGUAUAUAAUUUUGUCUGUUUUUAUGGAAUAUUAAACUGUGACCUUGUCUCAUUUUAA